AUGGCCUUCACGAAUGGUGGGAACGGCUUAAGCGUUUGUCUCAUGCUGGUGCUCGCCGGCAAACUCGCACAAUCCAGCCCUCUUUCCAAAUGUCCUGUGCUCCACACCCGGUGGAACCAAAUGAUCGAGACCAACUUGAACCAUCUCUGCAGGACGGCUGGACAAUUUCCUCUGCAGUGCAUAUCUGAGACGACGGACUUCAGGUUCCCCCUGAAAGCUCUCAACGCUAUGGAGAGCGACGGCGCCAUCAUCAUCCGGGAGAUUCUCCAGCAGAGCCUCAACGUUCUUGGCAAGGACCAUCCUUGGGGCGCCUGGAACGCGACAUGUCUCGAGUCCUUGCAGAGCGACCUUUACCAGCAAACCAAACAGCUGGAGGCAUGCGCCGAAAAAAUGCAGGAAGGAAAGCUGGCAAACUCUGGCAACAGAGCAUCAUCUCCUUCAACCAUAAAAGUAAAGCGAUACUUUCAAAGAAUGAACAGUUUCCUAGCCAUCAACCUGCAGAGUCGCUGCGCCUGGGAGCUGGUCCACUUAGAACUGAAAGGCUGCUUUCUGUUCAUAACUCAGCUUCUCAAAGAGCUAAAGGAGUAA